AGCGGCAGCCCGAGCCCCAGCGCCAGGCCCAGCCGGCUGCGGCAGCGGACCCGCCCGUGAGACCCUAAAAGGAGACUGCCAUGAAUGGUGAUACCCGGGCCGCGGUGGUGACCUCGCCACCCCCGACCACGGCCCCUCACAAGGAGAGGUACUUCGACAGAGUGGAUGAGAACAGUCCAGAAUACCUGCGGGAGAGGAACAUGGCGCCCGACCUCCGCCAGGACUUCAACAUGAUGGAGCAGAAGAAGAGAGUGUCCAUGAUCCUGCAGAGCCCUGCGUUCUGUGAAGAACUGGAGUCCAUGAUACAAGAGCAGUUUAAGAAGGGGAAGAAUCCUACGGGCCUGCUGGCUUUACAGCAAAUCGCAGACUUCAUGACCACGAACGUCCCCAACGUGUACCCAGCGGCGCCGCAAGGAGGGAUGGCCGCCUUAAACAUGAGUCUUGGUAUGGUGACCCCGGUGAAUGACCUCAGAGGCUCGGAUUCGAUCGCAUACGACAAAGGGGAGAAGCUGCUUCGCUGCAAGCUGGCCGCCUUCUACCGCCUGGCCGACCUCUUUGGGUGGUCCCAGCUCAUCUACAACCACAUCACCACGAGAGUGAGCUCUGAGCAGGAACACUUCCUCAUCGUGCCUUUUGGACUCCUUUACAGUGAGGUGACGGCGUCCAGCUUGGUCAAGGUCAAUCUCCAAGGUGACAUUGUGGACCGUGGAAGCACUAACCUAGGCGUGAACCAGGCCGGGUUCACACUGCACUCGGCGAUUUACGCUGCACGGCCAGACGUGAGGUGCAUUGUGCACACCCACACGCCCGCGGGCGCCGCGGUGUCUGCCAUGAAGUGCGGCCUCUUGCCCAUCUCCCCGGAGGCACUUUCCCUUGGCGAAGUGGCUUACCAUGACUACCACGGCAUCCUGGUGGAUGAGGAGGAGAAGGUCUUGAUUCAGAAGAACCUGGGGCCUAAGAGCAAGGUUCUCAUUCUCCGCAACCAUGGGCUCGUGUCUGUGGGAGAGAGCGUGGAGGAGGCCUUCUACUACAUCCACAACCUUGUGGUGGCCUGUGAAAUCCAGGUUCGGACUCUGGCCAGCACAGGAGGACCGGACAACUUAGUCCUGCUGGACCCUGGGAAGUACAAAGCCAAGUCCCGUUCUCCAGGGUCCCCUGCAGGGGAAGGCCCUGCACUGUCUCCUCAGUGGCAGAUGGGCGAGCAGGAGUUUGAGGCCCUCAUGCGGAUGCUGGACAACCUGGGCUACAGAACCGGCUAUCCUUACCGAUACCCUGCUCUGAGAGAGAAAUCUAAGAAGCACAGCGACGAGGAAGGCCCUGCCAGUGCCCCGGGUCACUCCUUUGCUAGCGAUGGCGACUCGGGCACUUGCUCCCCCCUCAGACACAGUUUUCAGAAGCAGCAGCGGGAGAAGACGAAGUGGCUGAGCUCUGGCCGGGCUGAUGGGGCCUCUGAGGAAGGGCAGAGCAGGAGCAGUCCCAAGUCGAAGACUAAGGUGUGGACGAACAUUACACACGAUCACGUGACACCCUUGCUGCAGUCUCUCUCGUCCGGUGUCUGCGUGCCAAGCUGUAUUACCAACUGCUUGUGGACUAAAGAGGAUGGGCAUAGAACCUCCACCUCUGCUGUCCCUAACCUGUUUGUUCCAUUGAACACGAACCCCAAGGAGGUCCAGGAGAUGAGGAACAAGAUCCGAGAGCAAAACUUACAGGACAUCAAGACAGCUGGCCCUCAGUCCCAGGUCUUGUGUGGCGUGCUGAUGGACAGGAGCCUUGUCCAGGAUGCGCCCCUCUCUGACUGUACGGAGACCAUCGAAGGGCUCCCACUCACAGAGCAGACUGUUAGCCCCGCUAGACCUCUCUCUGUUAGAAAGGGGGAGCUGGUGACAGCCUCCAAGGCCAUUAUCGAGAAGGAGUACCAGCCCCACGUCAUCGUGAGCACCACAGGCCCCAACCCCUUCAACGCGCUCACGGACCGUGAGCUGGAGGAGUACCGCAAGGAGGUGGAGCGCAAGCAGAAGGGCUGCUCGGGAGACAACCUGGAGGAGACCAGGGAGCCGGAGGAAACAUGCCCUCCCGACCAGGCUGUGCCCCCCCACACGCCCCCCAGCACCCCCGUCAAGCUUGAAGAAGACGCCCCGCAGGAGCCUGUGUCACCCACAGGAGAUGACAGUGAGGCCACCACCCUGCGGCCCACGCUCCCCGACCUGUCCCCCGACGAGCCUGAGCCUGCAGCAGUGCCAGCAAAAGAGGAGGAAGAGGCAAUCCAGCACCCCCCAGGCCCCCCCCAGCUCCCUGCAGAGACCACCCCAGAGGCAGACCCAGGGCCCACAGCUGAAGAGGCCGCCUCCGCCGGCAGCGAGGCUGUGGCCCCCGGGGACCCUGGCAGCGACGGGUCUCCUGGCAAGUCUCCCUCCAAGAAGAAGAAGAAGUUCCGUACCCCGUCCUUCCUGAAGAAGAGCAAGAAGAAGGGCGACCCCUGAGGCCGCAGUGUGCCCAGCGCCCCUCCAGCUGACCCCCGCUCGGUGCCCUCAGCUUCCACCGCACCUGCUCCGUGUCGUGUGUCACUCCUGCCCACGGCCUCGGUCCUACGGGCCACUCGCAUGCCUGCCCACGGCCUCGGGCACCGCGGCUGCCCUGAGCUGGGGCUGGACGCCGUCCCCCCAGUGCAACGCUAUGCAUGGUCUGACCCAUCACCCCGACCAGGGUCUGGAGCGUCACUUGGGGCCCCUGCACGGGAAGGGGCGGGAGGGUCCUUUCUCGCACCUUCCUGCUGGGUUGCAGUGAGGCCUCUGGCCGUGGACACGGACGGGCUGCUGCUGCUUUAGCCCCUGCCUGGCAGGGCUGCUCCCCACAGUGGCCCGAACGACAGUGCUGGGGUGUGCUCUGAAGCAGUGCUCGGGGGACCCGCACCGGGGUGCUGCCUGGUGCUGGCUUGGGGAGCCCCAGGAGGCGCUCCGGGUAGAGCUGGCGCCAGCGGGUGGGCCUGCUGGGUGGUCCUGCCCUGUCUGCCCACCCCCAGGACUGCCCUCAGCCCUGUUCCUUCUUGGCCCCACGUAUGCAAUGACUUCUUUCCACUUUUGUAGUUGACACCUUUGUAUUACCACACCACACAGCCGCACACAGGGACCGGCUCUGCGCAGGCUGGGGGCCUGGCUUCACUGUAUUGUUUUACUCACAAAUAAAACUCUUUAACCAGUG